AUGGAGACCGCCGCUAGCAUAAUCGCCUUUGUCCAGAUAACGACCGAAAUCGCAAAAUGUGUCAUAAAGACCAAGAAGCUAUGGGACCAAGCCCAGGAGCUCCCCGAAGAUAUCCAGGCCCUCAUCCUGCGACUCCAAUGUCACCAGCCAAUCUUUGACGCCAUGCAGCAACAGCUGCAACACGACGAUUCCCUCUGUUCCGUGCAGAACGACUCGCUUGUCCGCACAAACCUGGACUGCUGCCAAAUGUCUCUCAAGACCCUUCAGAGCACCGCAGAUGAUCUUAUCUCUCAGCUGAAUGCAAAGAAGGGACUGAAACGGAAGCUGGCUGCCGUCAAGUUGGCGCUCGGAAAGGAUGGCCUGGAUCGGCUCAAGAACAGGCUAAGCGAGUCCAUCGAGCUACUCAAGUUGUCUAUCAUGGCUUGGGAUAUAAUGUAUAACAUCAUCUCCUCAACAUCCGAUAUCAUAAAAAAGAUCCGGGUGGGGGAUAAAGCUGGGGUUUUGGAACUUUUCAAUUCACGACAAGCAUCUCCAUUCGACAAAGAUCAGAACGGACAGUCACUCCUAUUUCACGCCGCAGAUAGCAAGAAUUUCGAGCUCUGUCAGCUCUUCCUAGGUUUGGGGCUCAAGGAUGCAUUGCUCGAGAGAGUUGGAGAGUCAAGACAGGGUGCCUUGACACCAACAGUGUUCAAGCCCGAUAGAGACCAUCCAGAAGCGGACUGGAUGAAGAUUGUCGAGCUUUUCCAUUCCUACAUGGACGAGCCGGAAUCCAGCAUGUUGUUACGUCUUUUUGACUACCAAAGAGAAUGCGACUAUGGCGAUGAAUACGUCAACAUCUUUCGACAAAGAUUCCUACCCAAGUUCUAUACCGGUCCACUGAGAUAUCGCCUCGAAGCUUUCCGGCUAGCUUCGUUCCAUUCUCAAUCACCGGAAACUCUUCUGGGGCUCUUGGCGGAAAAUAGACAGGUCACCAGCUUUGACGUGAGCCACUCGAGCCAUGAAAACGUGUCCCUAGUCCACUCGGCAGCACUCGCUUUGGGCAUACGUUUCGCCGACGAAGUUCUUCCCUACAAGAGAGGGUGGGCAAUGUGGAGCAUGGCCUCCUACAGCGAAGGCUGGAGUCUCCUGGUGAAGCAAGUGACCGCAGUGGCUUCACCAGAGGAUUUACAUAGCAUUGAGAGUGUUCAGCCGUGGGACGUCUAUAGCGUUCCGGCUUGGAAAGGGACACCACUUGUGUCAGUGAUUGGGGGUGCAUUAUGUUACAUGUCGCCUGACAUAACCUUUUUCCACUGGGACAAGGUAUUCCAAGAGUCCAUCCGGCAGUGGGUUUUGGAUCUUCAGGAGAGCGGAGUUGACCUGGAGAUGUACGGCCAAAGAGAGGCCACAACGCUGAAGGAACAGAUGCGUGGUGCUCUCGAUGCAGACGCCAUUGAAUCGUCGAGGCACAGCAUCCGGGACUCCCUGCCAACGGCUGCCGUCAGCUUGGCUUUCAGGAGGGGGCAGCGAGCUGACCGGAGCAAGUGGAAUAAGAACCACUGGGUUCCGAUUCGGCUGUUGGAGCUCAAGACUGGACCAACACCUAGUGACUGGCGUAUAGUAUGGGCACCCGAGUUUGAGUGGAUGGCGUGCCAGUUCUGGGAGAUGAUCGAGAAGGAGGAUAUCGUGAUGCCCGGAUCUUGGGUUGACGUCUAG